UCUCGUUUAAUAUGGCCCUUGCUGGACGAAAUAAAAACAAGUAGGUGCUUCUGAGCGCCUUCAAGGCUCAUCACGAGAAGCGCUAUGUCUGACACCUCAAUCAUUACGGCUAGGAGAGUGAUCACACGAGAUUCGUAUGAGCAUAGAGACUAGGCUCUCAUCGGCUCCAGAAAGCAUCUGCCAAGAAUUGGAAUUGCGAACGGGUGUUACCAGCGUGAACGACUCCAAUGGCAUGAAGGCUGGAGGAAAGGGACCGACAUCACCCUCAGCUAGCCUCCCAGGGCCUGUGCAUAAAUAUUUAGUUUGCCGGCCUAGUGUCCGAUCAUCCUAUAAGAGCCGAAUCGAUCCACGUGCUCUCUGUACGGGGGGAGUUCGUUGCAAAGAGCAGGCAGCAAACAGGCACCUGCAGCAAGCAGCCUUGGAACGGCAACCAGCGACCACAUUGCCAGGCGUGGGUCCCUUGUCGUCACUCCUCACGGCUUCGGUUACUUCCUCCGCACGGCCUGACCAUUUAGCAGGGAAACAUAGCGCCCGAGGGAUCGUCAUUGGGGUUCCGGCUGCGGAUCGCCCCCGCGGACCCGGCUUGCGUCGCUGUGAUCGUAGUACUACUAAGUGGGAGCUGAGUAGGAGCUGAGCAAGGGAGAUCUGCGCAUCGCACAGGGUAAAUCUCCCGUGGUUCUCUCUCUCACCUCACUUACU